AGAGAAAUUUCACCACCAAGAGCCAUAGCGCAGCGAGGGAGAGAGAGAAAGUGUUGCAGGUGUUGCUGCAGAGCUGUGGCAGAUGCUAUUUUAACCUUUUCUCUCGACAUAAUUCGAUCCCCCCGCUCUCUCUCUCUCUCCCCCGCCAUCUCUAUCUCUCUCCUUAUUACAGUUCUAUUCCUGGGGGCUCUUUCGCUCGCGAGCAGCGAGCAUUAUAUGCUCAUCAAAGAAAGAUAAAAUGAAAAGAAGAAAUGCAGUGUACCCCAUCUUUCUCUGCAGAGAGAGAGAGAGAGAGAGGCCUGUGUGCCAGUUCGAUGUGAUGGGACGAGUAAAAGGAAGCUAAUCUCAGACUUGAAGCGGUCAUAAUAUCCCAGAAGAAAAGCAAGCCCACAAAUUUUCUUGUUGUUUUUCGAAAUGGCCAUCAAAGACCCCCCAACAAACAAACGCUGCUCUUUCUUCAGUCUCUCCUUCCUCCUCGCUCUGCUCUCAACACGUCGGUGACCUUCUCGUAGGAUCCGACCAAAGCAAGCUUUGCGUCCGCAGCAUUUGCUCGUACCCCGAGUUCAAAGUUCGCUCCUUUGGCCUAGAAUGGUGUUCUUUGCCGCGAAUUUUGGAGUUUGAAAAGUUGAGUUUCGUUGGGGAAAAUGGUCAUGGCAUGUCGGCUCGUGCUCGUGGUCGCGGUCUCUCUGGUUUGCCUCAGCUCUGGUUUGGUAAACUGUGAUGAUGGUGCCACACUGUUGGAGGUCAAGAAGUCAUUUAGGGACGUGGACAAUGUUCUAUACGAUUGGACAGAUUCACCAUCCUCUGAUUAUUGUGUGUGGAGAGGGGUCUCUUGCGACAAUGUCACCUUCGAUGUGGUAGCCCUCAAUUUGACUGGUCUAAAUCUGGAUGGCGAAAUCUCUCCCUCCAUUGGAGAUCUUAAAGGCCUUCUCUCACUUGAUUUGAGUAAAAACCGGCUCACGGGGCAGAUUCCAGACGAGAUUGGCGUUUGUUCUUCUCUGAGGAGCCUGGAUCUGUCAUUUAAUGCGUUAUAUGGGGACAUCCCGUUCUCCAUAUCAAAGUUGAAGCAGCUGGAGUUCCUGGUAUUGAAGAACAAUCAGCUUAUUGGACCGAUUCCUUCAACCCUUUCUCAGAUUCCAAAUUUAAAGAAUCUGGAUUUAGCUCAAAAUAACUUGAGUGGUGAGAUACCCAGACUACUGUAUUGGAAUGAAGUUUUACAGUAUCUUGGAUUGCGAGGGAACAAUUUGGUGGGCACACUGUCCCCCGACAUAUGUCAGUUAACUGGUUUAUGGUACUUUGAUGUUAGAAACAAUAGCUUGACCGGAAGUAUUCCUCCCAGUAUAGGCAACUGCACAGCCUUCCAGGUCUUGGACUUGUCCUAUAAUCAGUUAACAGGGGAAAUUCCAUUCAACAUCGGGUUCCUGCAAGUAGCCACCUUGUCAUUGCAAGGUAAUCAGCUUUCGGGGCAAAUUCCGUCUGUGAUUGGUCUCAUGCAGGCCCUUGCAGUCUUAGAUCUGAGCUGUAACAUGUUAACUGGAUCCAUCCCUCCUAUUUUGGGAAAUUUGACCUACACGGAGAAACUGUACUUACACGGCAACAAACUGACCGGACAAAUCCCUCCGGAGCUCGGAAAUAUGUCAAAGCUUCAUUAUUUGGAAUUAAAUGAUAAUCAUCUCACAGGGAGUAUCCCCCCUGAGCUUGGGAAGCUUACCGAGUUAUAUGACCUGAAUGUUGCCAACAACAAUCUCGAAGGGCCGAUUCCUGAUAACAUCAGCUCCUGUACAAAUCUCAACAGCCUCAAUGUGCAUGGGAACAAAUUGAAUGGGACCAUUCCCCCCUCUUUGCGGAGACUAGAGAUAAUGACAAAACUGAAUGUUUCGGCAAACAAUAUUAAGGGUUCCAUUCCAAUUGAGCUUUCCCGCAUUGGGAAUUUGGAUAUCCUGGAUCUUUCCAAUAAUAAGCUCAGCGGUUCUAUCCCUUCUUCUCUUGGCGACUUAGAACAUCUACUAAAGCUGAAUCUGAGCAGAAAUCACUUGACGGGAUUUAUUCCUGCUGAGUUUGGCAAUUUGAGAAGCAUCAUGGAUAUAGAUCUUUCAAAUAAUCAUCUAUCAGGCUUGGUCCCUGAAGAACUUAGUCAACUUCAAAACAUGUUCUCAUUGAGGCUGGACCAUAAUAAUUUAUCCGGAGAUGUGAUUUCACUGAUGAACUGCCUUAGUCUGACUAUUCUAAACGUGUCGUACAACAACUUGGUUGGGGAAAUACCCACAAACGACAAUUUCUCCCGAUUUUCACCAGACAGUUUUGCUGGGAAUCCUCGACUCUGUGGCUAUUGGCUAAAUUCUCCUUGUGGCAAUUCUCACCUGACCGAUCGAGUUACAAUUUCUAAAGCUGCCAUAUUGGGAAUUGCUCUUGGUGCACUUGUUAUCCUUCUCAUGAUUCUGUUGGCAGCAUGCCGACCUCAGAAUUCUAAACCAUUCAUUGAUGGAUCCCUUGAUAAACCAGCUGUUUACUACGCAUCACCAAAGCUGGUAAUUCUACACAUGAACAUGGCCCUGCAUGUCUACGAGGAUAUCAUGAGGAUGACUGAGAAUUUAAGCGAGAAGUAUAUAAUUGGUCGUGGGGCUUCAAGCACAGUAUACAAAUGCGUUCUGAAAAAUUGCAAGCCGGUCGCCAUCAAGAGACUCUUCUCUCAGUAUCCACAGUGCUUGAAGGAGUUUGAGACAGAGCUUGAGACCGUCGGAAGUAUCAAGCAUCGGAAUCUCGUCUGCCUCCAAGGAUACUCUCUGUCCCCUUCUGGCAACCUUCUAUUUUACGAUUACAUGGAAAAUGGCAGCCUCUGGGAUCUUCUCCAGGGCCCUGCAAAGAAAAAUAAGCUUGACUGGGAUACUCGUCUCAAGAUAGCACUUGGUGCCGCUGAGGGGCUUGCAUAUCUUCACCAUGACUGUAGUCCGCGCAUCAUCCACAGGGAUGUGAAAUCCAAAAACAUUCUCCUUGAUAAAGAAUUUGAGGCGCAUCUCACUGAUUUUGGGAUUGCAAAGAGCCUGUGCACAACGAAGUCCCAUACUUCUACGUACAUAAUGGGGACCAUUGGAUACAUAGACCCAGAAUAUGCCCGCACUUCUCGCCUCACUGUGAAGUCAGAUGUCUACAGUUAUGGAAUUGUUUUACUCGAGUUGCUGACUGGCAGGAAAGCAGUGGACAAUGAAUCUAAUCUCCAUCACCUGAUCCUAUCCAAAACUGCAAGCAAUGCUGUAAUGGAAACAGUUGAUCCUGAUGUCACUGCCACAUGUAAAGAUCUCGGAGAUGUGAAGAAGGUUUUCCAACUUGCUCUCUUGUGCACUAAGAGGCAACCAUCGGAUCGGCCUACCAUGCACGAGGUGGCUAGAGUUCUCGGUAGUCUUGUGCCGUCCGCAACCCUGCCGAAGCAAAUAUCUGCAGUAGGUUCCGCUCUGAUCCCAUGCACAAAGACCGCUAGUUACAUGGACGAGUAUGCAAACUUGAAGACUCCACACUUGGUAAAUUGCUCAGCCAUGAGCACCUCGGAUGCCCAACUCUUCCUGAAGUUUGGUGAGGUGAUCUCCCAGAACAGCGACUUGGAUCCUGAAAGGUCGGCUUAAGGAUUGGUAGGCUUUUAGGUGGAUGGUGGCAACAGUGAAAUGUGUAUAAAUAUGUGGUACUUCACGUUCUCUUCUUAGCAAGUUUUAGUACUUUUUUCUA